UAUCUAAUAACUCAACUUGUUCAAUUUGUGGGUCGCAGAUAUUCGUUCCACUCUUGUACAUGGAACACUACUUUAUUGUUGUGAUCAACUUCAUACAAAAAAGAGUGGAUUAUCUGGAUAAUAGAGUCUACGGAAAUUGGGAUGAUUCUCACUUCAAGAAGCUUGCCAUUAGUAUACGCUAUAACAUGAGUGAUUAUUUGGAUAGAUUUGAGCAUCCAUUGGCUGCUGAUUUAGUUUCAUAUGAUAUCAUUAAUGUCAAGUUUCCAUGGCAAACAAGUAAGCCAACCUUGGAUUGUGGUGUUUUUGCAAUGGUUCACAUGUUGAACUAUGAUGGAGAAAUAUUUGAGUCUCAGCUUGACAACGCCAAGAUAAGGCGUACAAUGAGAGCUGAAAUCUGUGCAGCCCUUGUUUUGUGUGAUAUCAAUAAUAUUAGGAAGGAGAUCAUCCAAAAGAUUCAUGAGUUCAAUGAGAUAAAGGCUUCUAUUCGAGACAAGUUGUGGAUGAUUUACAAGGAACAAGACAAUAUACGGAAAGAAACAGCUCGUUUAAAGGUGUAGAGUAAACAUAUAAUUCAUGAAGUUGCAGCUAAAUAAUUCUCACACAUUUACAAGUAUUUUUUUCCACUUUUGUAGAGGG